UGCAAACCAAAAGGUUGGCAGUUCAGGUCCACCAGCUGCUCCUCAGAGAUCCUAUGGGACAGUUCUACUCUGUCCUAUAGGGUUGCUAUGAGACGGAAUCGACUUGAUGGCAAUGGGCUUGGUUUUUAGUUUUUCCCCUUAUCUGACUAGCAAGGUUCUCAUCCCCCAGGAGACUUAAUUCACAUGUGAAACUUUUCCUGGGAAGGAAAGAGUUAGUUCUUCCUUCCUUGGGCUUCCUGUAGCACUGUCUGUCUCUUUCACUAGACUUUUGAGUGCCUUGACUGAACCUGGUUCCUAACCUAGUAUCUGGUACUAUCAGAGAUAGUGGCUGAAAUUGGUCCCCAGGGUCAGUUGUCUUUCUUACUCUUUGCAAUAUCAGAAAAUCCUUAAGUUCUCUUGUUAGAUGGCAUGUUUUCACCUGAAACCAGUGGAAGUUAAUUUGCAGAUUUAAAGGGCUUGCUGAAGCCUAGUUCCAAAAUAACACCUAACGUUUUUAUAGUACUUUACAAAAUUAUUUCUCUUGUAUCAUUUUACUUGAUAGUGUGUUGGGUAGGCUUUAUUAUCCUUAUUUUACCAGUGGUUAUAAAGGUAGUUGUGACAUUGAAGCAUACAUUCAGGUUAAGACUCAGAAAAGAAAACCUGUGCUUCCACUACAUUAAACAACUAGCUUGUCUCUUUGUAGUUAAAUAUGCCCUGUGGUUUUACAGAAAAGGGGCCUUUGCUUGUAGGUAAAUGCUAAAGAUACUGCCUUUUACAAGGCCACUUUAUCAUCUAGGUAGAAUGAGAACCCAGAGCCUCUUGACCUAUGGAAAGGCCUUGAGCGUAGUUAGAGACUUUAACUGAAAUUAACAGUGCACCCACUCCAACAUCUUAAGGUUUUCUAUCACACAUGAAAUGUCUAGAAUUUGUUAACACCUAACUGUGCUGGUGGGGUAUAAAACCAGGUCGAUGAUGAGUGAAGGGACUCAGCAGAAAAUAGAGUAAGCUGAGUGUUAAGAGCAGAAAAGUUUGCAUAGUAAUUCUAGCAAGUGAUAAAAUUAAGUUUGUAGAGCACUUCACAACUUCUGGGGUGCAAAAAUGUCGAAAUUGUAGAACAACAAAUCAUAAGGACUAAGAAAUAAUCUCUGUUAGAUACAGACAGGCAUGUUACAUCCAGUUUUGGUCCCUUCAUGCUUAAGAGAUGAUAACUACAGAUGAUUAAAAGGUUGAAAAAAUAGGUUCUGUCAUGAAAAAUUUCUUUUUUUUUUUGGUUUAUCAUGAAAAGUUAAAAAAAGAUUUUAGUCUAGAGAAGGAAAAGCUAAAGAAUGGCUUGAUUACAUCUUCAAGUGCAAAAAUAGUUUUUGCCAGGGGGAUUGUUCUUCAGGUACUUGAAAGAAUUAAGAGGAAAUGGGCUUAAGUUGAAGGAGGAGCAAUUUUAAUUGAAUAAAAGGAAAAAUUUCCUGAUCAUCAAAUUUGGGAAACAUUUGAAUGACUUCUAAAGAAAGUGUUGUAUUUCUGACUGUUUCAGUUAUCUAUUACAAUGUAACAAGCCACCCUAAAAACUUUUAGUGACUUAAAAUGACAACCAUUUUAUUGCUCAUAAUUCUGUGGAUUAGGAACUCAGGGAAGGGGACACAUUGCUCUGCUCCACAGGACGCUGACUGGGCUGGAGGAUCCAAGAUGGCUUCACUCACAUGUCUGAGGCGUUGGUGAUAGCUGUUGGCUGGGACAUCUUUAUUCUCCUCCAUAAGGAUUGAAAAGCACUGCAAAGGUGGGAUCCUCUAUACUGAGCACCUAUUCUGUGUCCAUCCUGCCAGAUUUUAUAAUGUGGGCAACCUGCUGCAACUGGUUCUGCCUGGAUGGACAGCCUGAAGAGACCCCACCACCCCAGGGAGCCAGGACGCAAGCCUAUUCCAACCCUGGGUACAGCUCCUUCCCUUCCCCAACAGGCUCUGAACCCAGCUGCAGGGGCUGUGGGGCCCACUUUGCCAACAUGGCCAGGAAGCAGACCUGCUUGGACUGUAAGAAAAAUUUCUGCAUGACCUGUUCAAGCCAAGUGGGGAAUGGGCCCCGCCUCUGCCUCCUCUGCCAACGAUUCCGAGCCACAGCCUUUCAGCGGGAAGAGCUCAUGAAGAUGAAGGUGAAGGACCUGAGGGACUAUCUCAGCCUGCAUGACAUCUCCACCGAAAUGUGCCGGGAGAAGGAGGAGCUGGUGUUUUUGGUGCUUGACCAGCAGCCUGUAAUCUCCCAGGAGGGCAGGACUCGUGCCCCCCCUACCUUGUCCUUGGACUUCCCUGAGCAGCAGGCCUUCCUGACCCAGCCUCACACCAGCACAGCACCUCCUACCUCACCUAGCCACCCUUCGUCACCCGCACAAGCCACCUCUGCUCCCGCGGUUCAGGAAAGCCAGCAGGCCAAUGGCCAUGUGUCUCAGGACCAAGAGGAACCCGUCUACCUGGGGAGCACAGCCAGAGCACCUGCUGAGGACGAGACCCAGUCCAUCGACUCAGAGGACAGCUUUGUCCCAGGCCGGAGGGCCUCUCUGUCUGACCUGACCAACGUGGAGGACAUUGAAGCGCUGACUGUGCGGCAGCUGAAGGAGAUCCUGGCUCGCAACUUCGUCAACUACAAGGGCUGCUGUGAGAAGUGGGAGCUGAUGGAGAGGGUGACAUGGCUGUACAAAGACCAGAAAGGACUGCAGCACCUGGUGUGUGGUGCUGAAGAUCAGAAUGAGGGAGCAGCGUCACCUGGCCUGGAGGAGAACCUAUGUAAGAUCUGCAUGGAUUCACCCAUUGACUGUGUUCUGCUGGAGUGUGGCCACAUGGUGACCUGUACUAAGUGUGGCAAGCGCAUGAAUGAGUGUCCCAUCUGCCGGCAGUACGUGAUCCGAGCUGUGCACGUCUUCCGAUCCUGAGGGCUUGUGCCGGCUUCUUCAGUGCCUUACAGGGACACGGCGUUGAGUGUCUGGGCUCAGGGUUGGCCAGCUUGCAGAGGAGCAUGCUAACAGAAGAGAACUUGCAGAAGGUUCCCAAGACCAGGGCAGGCAAAGAUGCCAUGUCACUCCUGGGCAGUCCUGGGUGUGCCCAUGUUGUCACUGGUUGCACCUGGUGGCCGACAGAGCCCCUGAGGCCAGUGGGACUGGUACAAAUUCCAUGGGCAAGACCCUGUUUCAACGAUCUUGUGAUAAUUAUGGUAAUUGAUGAACAGAGACUUUUCAGAACUUGGACCUGUCUUCUCCCUUCCUCUGAGAACCCAGACACCUUCUCGUGCAGUUUCACCCUUCCUCCCUCCUGUUCCCCAUCCGUC